AUGGCAGCUAGGUCUAGACAAGCUGCAUUGGAUGAAUCCAGAGGUGCUCAAACUGUGGCCCAACAACCAAGGCAAGCUGCUAACAAGAGGACCAGAGGAGGAAGGAAACCUUCAUAUAUCAGACCCAAAACCAGUUCUAAGGCUUCAUCUCAGCCUGAGAAGCAAUCUGCAAGUGGGGGUUUGAGGAGGUCCACCAGGUCUAGAGCAUCAUCUCAGUCCCAACCAGCCAUCACCUCUUCUCAGCCCAACUCAACCAAUUCCAGGUCCAAGCCCACAUCAUCCUCAACUAGGCCCAAGAGUCCACCAGCAGGUACUCUCCACCCAAGGCCCAAUAGAAAGCCCAUCAGAAGCCUUACACAACAACCACCAGCACCAAAGGAGAAGGGUGCAGCCAGCUCCAGCUAA